AUGAAACGCGGCCUUAUAUUUCCACCAACGAGUUUAUACGGGACAUUCAUUGCAAUAGCUGUACCUCUCGACAUUCCAGACAAGAACGUGUUCGUGUCUUACAACUUCGAGUCUAAUUAUGCUGUCGUCACAAACAUUACGGAGCUGGAUGAAGUAAUAUUUCCGAACUUACCGGUAGUGACAGCGCGUCACACUCGCAGUGUCACGAGAGAGUUGGCUUACACGGUCCUCGAAACGAAGUUCAAAGAGCAUGGUAUGAAAGGCAAAGAAUGUAUGCUUCGCAACAUCUGUGAGGCCGCCGAGACGCCGCUGUAUCACAAUGGAUUUCUGGGACAUAUAAUGCAUAUUAUAUUUACGCCAUCAACAUCUAAAGAGGAAGGCUUAAAUGAGGAAUAUUACAAAGCAGAGGUGGAUGGACUAAGAGGCGACUGCGAUAAAUACCUUGACCUCUGUCCUUUUAGCCUCUUCGAUGCUAUCACGAGAUUGGUUGAAACGAAUCACAAGCAAGUAAUUACGUAA